AUGACUUCACAACAACAAGAUUGGAUAGAAUCAAAUUUUGAUGAACAACUUGUGAUAGAAGAUCAAACCAUCCCCCAACAAAAAGGAGGUAACAAAACCACUUCCGAUACCUCUACUAGUAAUGAAUCUUUGGAUGAUGAUUUUUCUAAUUCUCUACAAUUUCAAUUUGCUAAAUCCAUGUUGCAAUCCACAACCGGAAAAGUCGUACCUUCGUGGUUUUCAUUUGGAUUUUUAAAGCCAUACUUUAUCGGAUUGGAUGAAAAACAGGCAUUACAGAGAGUGAUUCAAACGGUUUUUAAACCACUGCAGCCCAUGAUUUCGCAUAUGGAUGAUCCCGAUUUGUUCAUUCCACUGGUCACUGUUUUUUCAUUGGCCAUCUUGUUGGAUUUUCAAAUGAAAUUUUUUAACGUUCAUGUGAAUGAAGGAACAUUGUUAGGAACAAGUUUAUUCUCGUCAUUUGUAUAUUGGAUUGGAUCAUCAGCAUUUUUCUUUGUGGUUGGACUUGUUUUGGGUUCAAACAUGUCCCUCAUUAGCUUGUUAUGCAUUACUGGCUAUCAAUUAAUUCCGCUCUGUGUCAUUCAAUUUUGUAGCUUGAUUUAUUCGGGACUUUCUCAUGGUGCAACCUCCAAUGUACUCUUCUAUUUGCUCUAUUUCACAUUGGCCUUAUCAGGAAGCAUUAAUUAUGGAUUAAGCUUUUUCGUAAAAACAGCAGGCACGACCACCUUAAACGAUGGUACAAGUCGUGUGGCAAAAAAGACCAACGGAAUGAUCAUGUGUGGAUUGGCCAUUACUAUUCACAUGAUUUACAUCUUUUGGGUUUCCACAGUUUUCCAAGCUGCCACUAAAGCUAUCAAUCAGGCCAUUGGUGGUGACAUUGCCACAACAUCCAAUGUCGCACAAGAUUAA